GUGGCCUUAUUUUGAAGAAGGUGUGGACAUCAACAAAAUUAAAAGCUGGUGAAAACAAAAUGACAAGUGUGAACAUAUUGGAGAUCGUUGCAAUCCUUCUUCUUCUCAUAAACCACUCCAAUCCACUAUGUAAAGAUAAAGCGAACCCAUCAUUAGGGGACUUGUGCCUAGAGCAGGGUUCAAAAGGGAUAGUGCAGGUGUACUACGCAGACAACUUUAAUUCAGUUGGAUGGGGAACCAUGUGUGAUGAUUUGGUUGAUCAAUCAGCCCUUGACACCAUGUGCAAACAACUUGGAUACGAUACAUCACCGGCUAGUAUGGGAGAGCAUUAUAAUGAUAUCAACCCCUGGUUUACCCAAGUGAUGUGUCAUAACAAAACUACUCAAAAUAUUCUGAGAUGCGGCUUCAUCUCACCAGAUCCAAUUAAGGAUCUCAACUGUUCUAAAAUCUACUUACAGUGUGAACUAGAAAAUGAUGACAGCUGGAACAAGGUGCCAAAUGAAGGUUAUAUUGGACAAGUGUUACUCCUACAUCCAGAGAAUACUGCUCCAGGUUAUCAAGUUUCGUUUGGACUGGUGCUCAUAUACAUGCAAGUUAAUGGUGAUGAAUCGUGGGGUGUUAUUACUCAGGACCAAACAAAACCAUUCACACGCAAUGCUGCUGACUCAGUAUGCAGACAGAUGGGAUACACUGAAGCUGACCCUAAAAAUAUCACCACUGUAAAGAAUUCGAAUACUCAUUAUAGUCUCACAAAUGUGCAAGAAACUGCUUGGCUUACCAGCACCAAUGCGAGAGAUUGUGUAGACUCUUCUGAGCCUUGUUUCAGCUGUUGUUUCACCAGGCCUACUCAACCGUGUAGCAGAGAUACUUGUAAAUAUGAAGACAGUCUCGUUUUGCAAUGCUUGUUUGAUCUACACAAAAAUAAUUCAGAAGGAACCGAAGAGUCGUGUCAGAUCUCGGAUUACAGGAAACCUAACAGUUGUACAGAUACCCCAGGCACCACAGGCCCUCCUUAUGAGUCGAUCACAUUUUCCUUGGUUGGUGUCAGUAGUGUACUAUUACUGAUCAUCGUAAUCGCGAUACUCGUAGUGUUGGUGUACUGUUGUUGUCGACGUUGUUGUCGACGUCAUCCAAGGGGAAAUCCUGAACAGCAGCGAUUACUCCCUAAUAAUCUUGACGAACGUCAGAACUGACCUAACAUGUCACUACUUGUUUUAAUGUCAUCUGUGUUUAUAUAAUAAUUAUUAUACCCUUGCAUAAUUAUAGUUUAGUUUAAUUUUAUUUUAUGGACUCUGGUGCGUAUUCAUCGAUCAACAUGAUCAUGACUUUUGUAUUUCAAUAACAUUAUAUUAUGCUAGCUGG